CUUCCUGGUUUGUGGCGAAGAGAUGUUUUUAUUCCAUUACAUUGUUCCUCUUCUUUUGGAUGAUUAACUUUGGUGUGGCUUACCUGCUUCCGGCGGCGGGAAUAAAAGCUGUUGGAUUUUUUCGAUCAUCUGUGAACGGAUGGAUGCAGCAGCGAGACAACAAAAGAUGCAGGUUUCUACUCUCAUCUCAAAUAACUUCUUCUGACUAAAAAAAAGACAUAAUAUCAGCCUUCAGACAGUCUUCAACCUUUAGCAGUUUUAUUUCUCCUUAAAAACAAUUUAAUUUUUUUUACAUCCAUAAAACUAUUUAAUGAGGAGGAAUACGCCUGACUUUAGCGUUAGUGGCUCCAUUGAUUCCCGACAUAAUUUCCCUGAAGAAUAAUCCCUCCCUAUUGGCUGGACUGCAGCGCACAUGCUAUAACAACAGGAUAUGCAAAGAGCUGCUCUAACAGCCUAUCAUGUUCUGCGCAGGCUUUUUGCAUCACAGCUCUGCUCUGUGGGCUUGAAUGAAUGAAAUUCACACAAAAUAAUAAUAUAUUGACCAUAAUGUGACAGUGACAGGCACCUCUGGAGCUUGUUUUGUUAAAAAAAAAAAAGCAAUUGUGUGCAUUAAAGCUGCUGAAGCAUGUUCAAGUUUCAAAUCCGGAUGUUCUUCAGCGAUUUCAAGGUGUUGCUACUGAUGAGCUCUGAACCCAGCAGGACUGACACAGGGACGGACACACAGUCCAGGAUGAGGGGGCUGGCCUUUGGCAGCUGUGGGUGGCCACAGAUUAGCUGCUCUCGUCUGGAUGAGGAGGAGGAGGAUGAGGGGAACUAUGGGUUGGACCCACAACCUAACAGUGUCAGUUUUGAGGAUGCAGAAGGAGCCAAACAGCUGGAAGGAGGCCUGGAUGGAGCCUCCCUCCUGAGUGUCUCUGAAAUUGGAGUGCGGACGCCGCAGUGCCGGAUCUGCUUCCAGGGACCUGAGAAGGGAGGGAGAAUCAGCAGGAUUCAGGGGGAGAUGUUGAGCCCUUGUCGCUGUGAUGGCUCUGUGCGCUGGAGUCACCACACCUGCCUCAUCCGCUGGAUCAGUGAGAGGGGCUCCUGGAGCUGUGAGCUCUGCCACUUCAAGUACCAAGUUCUGGCCAUCAACACCAGAAAUCCGCUGCAGUGGCAGCCCAUCCCUCUGACUGUGAUUGAAAAGGUGCAGAUUGCAGCCAUCGUCCUGGGCUCCUUGUUCCUCUGUGCGAGUGUGUCCUGGCUGGUGUGGUCAUCUCUCAGUCCCUCAGCCAGAUGGCAGCGGCAGGACCUGCUGUUCCAGAUUUGCUAUGGGAUGUAUGGAUUCAUGGAUAUAGUCUGUGUGGGCCUGAUAAUCCACGAAGGAUCAUCUGUUUACCGGAUCUUUAAGCGCUGGCGGGCAGUGAACCAGAAGUGGAAAGUGCUGAACUAUGAGAAAGCGAAGGACUUAGCUGACGCCACCGGUUCCAGUCCUGAAGCUGCUGCUCGACUUGAGAGGAACUCCUCAAGCGUUGGGAGGGACAGCGGCCAGAGGGCGAGCCGGCAUGUCAGGACUAUUCUCAGCCGUUACUGUGGCUACACUGUUUUCCACAUCCUGAGACACCUGAGACCAAACAACCUGAACACAAGCAACCAGGAGGUCGUCAUGAGAGUGACCACAGUUUGAGACGACGAUGCUACCAUUAAUGAAGGAGACUGUUGUAGGAAACUGAUGCUUUAGUGCCAUCUACACACUGCCUGGAACUGUUAUAGCCCUAAGAUUCUUCAUGUGCAUUCAGAUCUACAGAACAAUUCAUGAAAAAUCCUUACUUUAUGUCAUUCAUGACAAUUUGGGUAACAAGGACACAAUUUUCAAACGCAAAACAGGUUUUUUUUAAACACGUUUUGCAAUGAAGACAGUAUUUCUAUAAAUGCCAUUAAUGCUACUAAGCAUUUUUUCCCCAUUUCCUCUCUCAAAUUUCAUCCCAAAUAACAACCCUGUUCUUCAGAGAUAACUCUUUGCCUCAAGAGUUUGUACUUGAAGGCUCAGAUCAUUUAUGAUUUAAAAAAAAAAAAACGUCAAGGUUUUGCUGUGAAAUGAUUUAAGUCCCACUCCAAUCAUCUUUUGAUCUAUUUUAAAAGCAUUCCUAGUGGUCAUUUAAAUAUGGGUUUGCUGUUUUUAGCCCAAAUUUUAAAACCUGUGUCGUUUUCUAAUUUGCCUCUUAGUUGUGGGCGGGACUGCUGAACGGAAGUAAGCCUCUCCUAAUAUCCCAUCAUCCCUUUGUUUACAGCCCCUCACAACUCCACCUAACAUUAGUGGAGCAACAAAAUGGGCUAGCAUAUCAGCGCUAUCUGGCAGUUCUGAGUCAAAUGCCAGUUCAGACAGAGAAAAACAUAGACGUAUAUAAAUUUAGACGUCUAUAAGUGGAAGCAUCAGAAUGAAGCAGAGCAGGGAGAUUGUGGCGUGCCGUCUGUGUCAUGGCGUAAGCCUGCCCCUGUUUCCCAACAUCCGUCUAUAUCCUGCCAGUUUCUAGCCCCUCCCAACCAAACGUUAUUUGUGCAACAAAAAGGGCAACAAUUUUGGCAAAUUCCAGCUCAGAUGAGGAAAACAAAAACGUACAUGAAUCUAUUUGUCUGUAAGUGGAUGUGUCAGAAUGGAGUGGGGCAAAGAGACUUCACAACAAUUUCAAUAAAAAAAUACUCAGAAAAUCCAUGUUAUGCUUAAUUUUCUUAUAUAGUCCUUCAUAGUGACAAAAGUGCUACAAGAACAUAUUAAAAACACAAUUUCAUUGAAGUUGUUUUUUAAAAGAACAUUGAGUUUCUCAUAAAUUAAAAAAAGAAAGCCACAUUUUAAAUUAUGUCUAGAAAUUUGCUUGUUUGUAAAAUAUUGUUUGUAAUAAAGACUGUAAAUGUAA